AUGGAAACAGAAGAGGAGAUUUUGGUGCGGCAUCGUAAUGAAAAGAGGAACCUACAGAACCAGAUCACUGGGAUGAAGAAGCAGGCAACCAAAUCGAAGCGCAAACAAGUCAAUGCACGAUGUCUCGAGUUGGAACAAGAGUUGAGUGAACGCCAGAAAAACGAAAUCACGGAGUGGAACAUACAGAAUGGUCUUUUAGAGCCUGAAGCGGAGGAGUUGGAGGUUACACCCGAGCAACUACUCGAGCAAUUGGCGUUGGACACAGCUGCCAAAUCAGAAAACACAGUAUCUGCGUCCCAGUCACCUCCACCAACGUCUCAAGAGCCAAAGAAGCGCCGGAAUAGACAAAAGGAACGCUUGGCUAAACGUGAGCAGGAAAUUGCGAGGCUUAAAGAAGAGGCUGCCAAGGAAGCUGCAGUGCAGCCUAAUUUCAAGAAAAUCGAACAGGAGGCGCUGGACCAGCUGUGCGCUAUCGCUCAUCUGAAACAAGUUGACAUUCAACCGGAUGGUAACUGUCUUUUUGCAUCUGUGCUCGACCAACUGCAGCUUCGCCAUAAUAGCGGUCUUCCCAUUGAUUUUCCUCCAUCUUACACGGGUACCAAAGAUCACAAUGCCUUGGAUGUUUCUGCCCUGCGCAGUCUUUGCGCCUGUUACAUCAGAGAUCACAGGAACGAUUUCAUACCUUACCUGUUCGAUGAGAACACUUGUUGCGUCAAGGACAUUGACGAAUACACCAAGACCAUCGAAGAAACUGCAGAAUGGGGUGGUGAAGUUGAAAUCCUUGCACUGGCUAAAAUAUUCAAAUGCUGUAUCAGUGUUAUGAUGAGCGGAAGAGCCACUUAUAAAAUGAAUGAAGAAGCAAGUGAAAAUCCUGAAUUAAAGCUGGUAUACUACAAACAUAGCUAUGCCCUUGGCGAGCACUACAACUCCUUGCAUGACAAUUAG